CUCUUCCGGGCACCCGUAGCGCCACUCGUGGUAGAAGGAAGCGAACAUGGCGGCGGCGGAAUCCGGAGAGAAAGAAGCGGCGGAGAGUUUAAACCGCAGCCCAGAGCAGCGUUUGAGCCCAGGUGGGAUGCGGAGUCCUGAGAAGAGCAGAAGCUCCAGCUCGUCGGAGGAAGGAGACAGUGAUGGAGAUCAGAAGAGGACUGAGGAGAGAGGCGGUAGCCCUCCAGCAGAGAGAAGACGAGCUGAAGCUGAAGAAGCAGCUUCCAGAGAGGGAAGUCCAGAGAAAGAACCCAGACGAGCGUCCAGAUCCAGCCAUGAGUCCAGCGACUCGGACAGCGACAGCAGUGAGGAAGACAGCGAUGACGGCAUUGCACACAGGAUGAAGAGCAGCGUCGCUCACAUCAGGCGCGGCUCCCAGGAUAACAGCGGCAGACCCAGACGAAGGAGUUCCUCCGCAGACAGGGAUGGAAGUGGAAGGUCCCGAUCACGAUCCCGCUCUCGCUCCAGAUCCAGAUCUCCACGGAAUCGCUCAGACAGAGGACGCAGGUCUCGGGAUCGUGAUCGAGAUCGUGCUGAGCGGCGUUACAGUCGGGAGCGGGAUCGAGCUGAGCACAGGUCCAGUCGAGAUCGGCUCCGGAGGGGCAGGUCAGCCUCCCCACCAGAAACAGAGAAGCCCCCCGGUGAGGAGCCUCCAGUGAAGAGGAAGAAGGAGGAGCUGGACCCCAUCCUGACCCGCACCGGAGGAGCCUACAUCCCCCCUGCCAAACUGCGCAUGAUGCAGGCUCAGAUCACUGACAAGAGCAGCCUGGCGUACCAGAGAAUGAGCUGGGAGGCCCUGAAGAAGUCCAUCAACGGUCUCAUCAACAAGGUGAACGUCUCCAACAUCGCCAACAUCCUCCAAGAGCUGCUGCAGGAGAACAUCGUGAGGGGCAGGGGUCUGCUAGCGAGGUCCGUCCUUCAGGCCCAGAGCGCCUCUCCCAUCUUCACACACGUCUACGCGGCCGUGGUGGCCAUCAUCAACUCCAAGUUCCCUCAGAUCGGAGAACUCAUCCUGAAGAGGCUCAUACUCAACUUCCGCAAAGGCUACAGGAGGAACGACAAGCAACAGUGCCUCACAGCCUCCAAGUUUGUGGCCCAUCUCAUCAAUCAGAAUGUGGCUCAUGAGGUUCUUUGCCUGGAGAUGCUGACUCUGCUGCUGGAGCGACCCACUGAUGACAGUGUGGAGGUGUCCAUCAGCUUUCUGAAGGAGUGCGGCCUCAAACUCACUGAGGUUUCGCCUCGCGGCAUCAACGCCAUCUUCGAGCGACUGAGGAACAUCCUCCACGAGUCGGAGAUUGAUAAGCGCGUGCAGUACAUGAUCGAGGUGAUGUUUGCAAUCCGGAAGGACGGUUUUAAAGACCACCCCAUCAUCCCUGAGGGUUUAGACCUGGUGGAGGAAGAAGACCAGUUCACUCACAUGCUCCCCCUAGAGGACGAAUACAACCCGGAAGACAUACUGAAUGUCUUCAAGAUGGAUCCUGACUUCUUGGAGAAUGAAGAGAAGUACAAGGCAAUUAAAAAGGAGAUUCUGGAUGAAGGAAGCAGUGACUCUGGUGAAGAUGCCGAAGGCAGUGAUGAUGAGGAUGACGACGACGAUGAUGAAGAUGAAGCUGGAGAAGCCGGAGAAGACCAAGAGAAAGUCACUAUUUUCGACAAGACGGAGGUGAACUUGGUCGCUUUCCGUCGCACCAUUUAUCUAGCCAUCCAGUCAAGCUUGGACUUUGAGGAAUGCGCCCACAAGCUGAUCAAAAUGGACUUUCCAGAGAGCCAGACGAAAGAGCUGUGCAACAUGAUCCUGGACUGCUGUGCCCAGCAGAGGACCUACGAGAAGUUCUUCGGCCUCCUGGCCGGGAGGUUUUGCCUGCUGAAGAAAGAGUACAUGGAGAGUUUCGAGGCGAUCUUCCAGGAGCAGUACGAAACCAUUCACAGGCUGGAGACCAACAAACUGCGCAACGUUGCCCGAAUGUUCGCUCACCUCUUAUACACCGACUCCGUCCCGUGGAGCGUCCUGGAAUGCAUGAAAAUGAGCGAGGAAACGACGACGUCGUCCAGUCGUAUUUUCGUGAAGAUUCUUUUCCAGGAACUGUGUGCCUACAUGGGGCUGCCUAAACUCAAUGAGCGACUGAAAGACAUGACCUUGCAGCCUUUCUUCGAGGGCCUUUUCCCUCGUGACAACCCGAGGAACACGAGAUUUGCCAUCAAUUUCUUCACGUCGAUCGGCCUCGGCGGUCUGACGGAUGAACUGAGAGAACACCUGAAAAACGCCCCUAAAAUGAUUAUGACCCAGAAGCAGGAUGUGGAGUCAUCGGACACUUCCUCAUCCUCUUCUUCCUCCUCCUCGGACUCCUCUUCUGACAGCGACAGCUCAGACAGUGAGAGUGACUCGGACUCCUCCAGUGACUCGGAUGAUUCCUCCAGCAGUUCCAGUUCAGGUUCUGACUCGGACACAAAGCGUAAAAAAGCGUCCCAGCGAGGAAAAAAAGAGCAGAAAAGCUCCAAACGCAAGUCUCCUGUGAAGGAGCGGCCCAACAGGAGACAGGAGAACCCGAGACGGGACAGAAGCAGCAGCGAGGAGCGCAGAGGUCCUGGCGAUCGUCACAGAGACAUGCAGCACCGUAGAAGAGAAGACAAAUCACCCCUGGGGCGAGAGCGUAUGAGAGAAGACUCUCCAAAUGCACGAGAACGUACUCGGAGGGAUUCACCCAAUCCAAGAGAACGUGCCAGAAACGAUUUGGCUAAUGCACGAGAACGAACAAGAAAAGACUCACCCAAGCCAAGAGAACGUGGUCGAAAUAAUUCACCCAUUCCAAGAGAACGUGGUCGAAAUAAUUCACCCAUUCCAAGAGAACGUGGUCGAAAUAAUUCACCCAUUCCAAGAGAACGUGGUAGAAGUGAUUCACCCAAGGCACAAGAACGUACUAGAAAAGAUUCACCUAAUUCACGAGAUCGUGCUAGAAAAAACGUGCCCAAUCCGAGAGAGCGUACUAGAAGUGACUCGCCCAGUCCAAGAGAACGUACUAGAAAAGAUUCGCCUAAUCCACGAGAACGUGCUAGAAAAAAUUCUCCCAAUCCGAGGGAACGUGCUAGAAAAGAUUCUCCCAAUCCGAGAGAACGUGCUAGAAGUGAUUCACCAAGUCCACAAAAACGUACUAGGAGCAGUUCACCCAGCCCACAAGAACGUACUAGCAAAGAUUCACGUAAUCGAAGAGAACGCACUAGAAAAGAUUCACUCCGUCCACGUGAACGCACUAGAAAAAAAUCGGCCAGUCCACGCGGACGUUCUAGAAAAGAUUCACUCAGUCCACGCGAACGUUCUAGAAAAGAUUCACCCAGUCCACGCGAACGUUCUAGAAAAGAUUCACCUCGUUCUCGAGAACGUGGCAGAAAUGAUUCUCCCAGUCAAGGAGAACGAAGUAGAAGCGAUUCGCCCAGUCCAAGGGACCGUACUCGAAAAGAUUCUCCACGAGAACGGCGAGAGCCAGAACGUGGAGCUUACAAGGACCAGCAGAACCGAAGGCACGAAGAUGAAGACUCCAGGAAAUACAGCACAAAGGAUGGCAGCAAAAACAUCUCCCAGGCAGAGCGGGACGGGGAGCGAAGGCGCCGGAGCAGAGAGAGGUCAAAGUCACGAGAGAGGAGCCGCAAGGAGACGGACUCCAGAGACUCGUACAGGAAUGGAGUGGAGAGGGAGGACAAGGAGAACAGAUACAGGGAGUCCAGGAGGAGAGAGGAGAGCUCGCCCAGGAGACGCAGAUAACGGCCUGCAGGAGGACGGGAACAGCAUCACAGUCGUCUUCACUGUGGCUCUGAGAAAUCUGCUCGCUUCUGCCACCUGUAGUUCUGCUGUACAUUGCAAUGCAGGCCCUGAUGAGGUGCUUUGAGGGGGGCGUGGCCGAGAAGCUCAACGUGUUAAUGUGCUGUGCCGAUGUUGGUGUCGUACGCUGAAGGGACUUCCUGGCGGUUUUAGAUUUACAUUGAACUGUAGGAAACCCUGAAUUUUUUUGUAUCUUUGGAGGUUAUUUUGUAUUUUACGGAUCAAACGUGUUUGUUUUUCCUGUCUUUAUAAUGUAAUUAAAACAGUUGAUUAUUAAACAAUGACCCUUUACAUUUGAA